AGUCCUCGAGUUCGACUCUAUGAGGCCCCCGUUGGGCUCACACUCUGCCCAGCACCAUGCAGGUGCCCGUGGCCGCCCUUGCCAUCCUGUUCUUCACGGAGGCCCUCUCCCCCCACACCUGCUCUGCCUCAUUUGGAGCCGGCACCCCGACCGCCUGCUGUUUCUCCUAUAUCUCCCGGCAGCUUCCACUCAAAUUUGUGGACGACUAUUCUGAGACCAGCAGCCAAUGCUCCAAGCCAGCUGUCAUCUUCCUCACCAAGAGAGGCCGGCAGGUCUGUGCUGACCCCAGUGAGGCCUGGGUCCAGGAAUAUGUCACCAACCUCGAGCUGAAUGCCUGAGCGGCCUGGGAGCAGCCAGGAACCCAGUGACCUCGGUGGGCCCGGUGGGGAGCAGGGGCCUGAGGCCGGCCAUGAUCUUACAACCCUGGCAGCCACCUCUCCUGCGGGUCCCCACCUGCCACACCCAGCCACAUGCUGGGGCACUCCUUAACUUUAGUUUCAGUUUGUGUAUUGUAUUUAAUUUUUGUAAUUGAUCUCUAUUGUUGCAUUGUGUUAUGUACUGAGUAUUUUCUCGGACAUCUUAGGAUAAUCUCUUAACCUUUCCUCCCCUUUCCCUUCA